AGCACAGGAUGAAAAUCAAUUGCAGCAUCGCAGGAAGUGAACCAAGUGACGAAUUCACACGGUCACUAGGCCACUACAGUAUAAAACUAACAGCAUCACCUCAGACAACCAGACCAAGACAACAACACAGCAACAGAACAACCAGACCACAGUGCAACACAGCAGCAUCAUGGUAUCUACUUUAAGCUUCCAGUCUUUGACGGUAAGUGAUGACUUUAGUUUCUUCAAGAUAUUACUGGAUUUUGCCACUGGUGUCUGUAUCAGCUGGGGAAGACAUUACAAUGUGUGCUGUUUGAAAAGUAAGAGUCCCAAUGAAACCUAGGGUAAAGAUCCAUUUCAGAGGUGGUACCAGGCUACUAACAGUCCCUCGGUUCCUCAGGUGCUGUGUAUGAAGGGGGUGUUGGUGAUGAUGAUGGGGGCAGAGGCGGCCCCCCGUGCCCAUCCAGAGAAGACAGAGAGCCACACACGGACCACACUGCAGACACACAAGAAGCCUGCAGAGUCUUCAGGUCCCGACACAGUAAUUCUCCCCCUGCACCUAGACCCAAAUGACUUGGUUCCUUUCCAUUCCAUCAGACCUAUUUGCAACCAUUCAAUCUCCCCAUGGACUUACAACACUACCUAUGAUGAUAGACGCUUUCCCCCCAUCAUCUCGGAGGUCAGGUGCUCUCUGAAGGGAUGUCUGAACAUCAAGGGUAAGGAGGACAGGAACCUGAAGUCCAAACCCAUCUUCUACCAGAUCCUGGUCCUGAGGAAGGUGAUGGGAAGUGGGAAGAAAUGCCACUACCGGCUGGAGUCAAAGGUCAUCUCGGUGGGCUGCACCUGUGUCAGGCCUACCAUCGAACAGUAAUGAUAUUAGAGUGACGAGGUCCAGCCUGGUAGCACAGCUGGUUGGGCCAUGGUGCUGGCAAUAUCAAUGUUGAAGGCUCAAUCCCUACAUGCGUAGAAUGUAUUGAAAGUAUUUGUGUGUUGGUUUUAUGUAGCUUUGGCUGUGUCAUUAAAAGAUUGAUUUGAAUAAUCAAAUAUAUAUAUAUCUUCUAUUGAGCUUUAAAUCACACAAUUGAUUAUGUA